UCCCAGUCCCUGGAGAGGUCUCACCCCUCACCAAGAUGCACUCAGGGCCUAUUAGGAGUACAGCAUGACGGGAAAAACUGAAUUAGGCAUGGCAGGGGCUAAACUGUUGCACUUACUCAUUCGUUCAUUCAUUUCGCUGGCGUGGGAUCUAGAGGGUGAAGGGGAACCAGAGCGCACAAGGGAACUGACUCAGGAGGCAGAGAAGAUGGGCAUCCUCAGCGUAGACUUGCUGAUCACACUGCAAAUUCUGCCAGUUUUUUUCUCCAACUGCCUCUUCCUGGCACUCUAUGACUCGGUCAUUCUCCUCAAGCACGUGGUGCUCCUGUUGAGCCGCUCCAAGUCCACUCGCGGGGAGUGGAGGCGCAUGCUGACCUCAGAGGGAAUGCGCUGCAUCUGGAAGAGCUUCCUGCUCGAUGCCUACAAACAGGUGAAAUUGGGUGAAGAUGCCCCUAACUCCAGAGUGGUGCAUAUCUCCAAUCCCGAAGGAGGUGACAACGAUGGAAAUGGUGCCCCGGAUAAGACAGUUGAUGGAGCCGAGUGCCAUCUUCUUGACUUUGCCAGCUCUGAGCGCCCACUGGUGGUCAACUUUGGCUCAGCCACUUGACCUCCGUUUAUUAACCAGCUGCCAGCCUUCAGCAAACUGGUGGAAGAGUUCUCAUCAGUGGCUGACUUCCUGUUGGUCUACAUUGAUGAGGCUCAUCCUUCAGAUGGUUGGGCGGUGCCUGGUGAUUCUUCUUUGUCUUUCGAGGUGAAGAAGCACCAGAACCAGGAAGACCGAUGUGCAGCAGCCCACCAGCUUCUGGAGCGUUUCUCCUUGCCGCCCCAGUGCCGAGUUGUGGCUGACCGUAUGGACAAUAAUGCCAAUGUAGCUUAUGGGGUAGCCUUUGAACGCGUGUGUAUUGUGCAGAGACAGAAAAUUGCUUAUCUGGGAGGAAAGGGCCCUUUCUACUACAACCUUCAAGAAGUCCGGCGUUGGCUGGAGAAGAAUUUCAGCAAGAGAUGAAAUCUAAGUUAGCAGUUAAAGGUAUGAUUGUAAUAGAGCUUUCUUUUUUAAAAAGAAAAUUAUGUACAGGAAAGCAAACUAAGAACUGAAUCCACUAUUCCAACUGAAUCCCAUUGCCUCACUGAAAGACAGGAAUUUACAUGUCAGAAGAACAUAAACCUCUAACAUCUCAAUACUUCUUUUACCACUCAAAUGGCAUUUGGCUAAAUAGUGAUGGCUACCCCAUCACUUCUCUUUCUAGUGAAAAGCCCUGGGGGAAAAGAUCCCAAGAUGGAGAGGAAGAAACCCUGUUUCAGCAUGUGUUCAUUCUGCCUUGAGAAAGAAGUGAUACCGCUGAUGCAUGCUUUGGGACCUGAAGAAAAGACUUAUGUGAAUAACUACUAUGUGAGGGAGGCUACUGUCCUGUUGGUAUAAGGGGUGUUGCCUUGGCUUUAUUCAGCACGGAUAGAGCCCACCUGGAAAAUUCCCAAAUAUUUACCUGUACUGUCCUUGAACCCAGGCCAUGUGGUUAGGAUCUUGGUAUUUAACAUGUUAGAGUAGUUUCUGAUGUUCUUGUUUCUAGCCAUUUAGUGCUCUAUGCCGGUCUAAAUAUCCCAGAACUCAUAGUGUAUUUGUAGAGAUCACAAAUAAUCCCUCAACCUGGAGGGUUAGAAUAAUCAUCUAAAAUCUGAGGGUUACUUUCUAGGCAGGUGGAAAAAGUGCUAGAAGAAAAUCAAGUUGACAAGCUAGGAAAAAGAGGCAGAAAAAUUAGGAGGCUUCUUAGAGUUUCACCAUGAAGCUGUAGAGAGGGAGACUAAUUUGUUAGCGAUAGAAACAUGAAAAUGUACACAAGGCCAGAAAAAGAAGCUUAACUAAAAGUAGCAUAGAGAAUAUACAUGUGAAAUCAAUGCAUUUAUCAUAUACUCUUAGACUGAGGGAGAAAAGGAGAUUGAAAGGAAAAAAACACACUUCAAUAUUUGUAUGUAUGAGGAUUUUUUUGUGGAAAUAAUUACUUUUGAAACGUGUUUGUGGUGUGUAUAUUUUCAGGGGGUAAAUUAUACGCCAAGAUACUGAUUAAAGGUAAAACCAGUGGGUCCAGUGGUGCUGGUCUAUGCCUCUCCAUCCCUACAGUUAUGAUGUGGCCCCACUCAUUCUUGGUCUCAGUCUCUAUAACAGUGUUUUCUGGAUGCUGAGCUGAAGAGCAUCCUCUUCAGGUCAGAAAUAUAUAUAUAUAUAUUAUGUAUUUUCUCAGCUGCUGUGGGAGAUAGGUGCCCUGGCCAUUCAGCUGCAGCACCGUUUUCUUCCCAAAGUAGGUCAACUAUAAUGAAUGAUAAAUGCAAACAAACAAGGCUUCUUCAGUUGCAAAAUAGAAGAGGGGAAUGUUAGUUUGAGACAAUUCCCAUCAAUAAUUUUGGAGGCUUUGAUAUAAGGCAACACUCAGUUGCAUAGAAUUUGGUAAAAUGGAAUUCCCAUUUAUGUUUGAAUUUGGACUUGGGUCUUCCUUUGUUUCUAUCAGCUGAAGUCUAGUAAUUUAAGGCCUCUAUAAUACAUUAUGAUAAUGUUAUUUUAAUAUAUAGAUACUAUAUUUUGCUUUAAAAUAAAGAUACUAUAGUUUUACCUAUAAGCAAUAUCUAAAUAGCCUAACCUCCAAAAGAAUAGACCAACGAAUUUUGUUACAUAAAUUUUUUACUGUAAAUUUGAGGAUGCUAUCAAAUCACAGUAUAUGGGUGCAUUUAUAUGUACAGUCAAAGGUUCUUAUGACUAUUCCAUUAAUAAUUGAAUCAUAAAAUAAAGCUAAUAGAAAAAGAGACCUAAGGUUGAAAAUAUCUUCCUGAACUAGUUGCCUGAAAUGAGAAAAAAGUGGGAAUUGAGUGUGCAAAAACCAAAAGUCUAUUUUUUAAAAAACUGAGGCAACAUAGCAGUCAUAUCACUAGAUUAUCAUUUAGCUAUUAAAGCAUUAUUUUAACUGAUUAUUUUUUAGAGCAGUAUUUAAGCUUACCAGUGUUUUAAAUUCUAAAAAACACACCCACAGAGAAACAAAGCAAAUUUUGAAAAUGUGUCAUUAUCUAACGAAUUUCUGGAAAAUCCCACUGAGAUUAGAUGAUUUCAAUUGUUAAACACUAUACUCAAGGCUUAUCAGUGGGCCCCAUUGAUUUUUAUCUUCAAAAUGGUGUUGAGAUUUAUGUAUUACCCUAGAGAAGUAAAAUGAAAAAUUGGUUAUGGCACACUCACACUAUUGUCCUUAAACUCCCCCUUUGUUCAACGUGUGCAAUAAUGGAACAGGAUGUUAGAGAAGCUGGUGGGGGGAUGAGAUUUGGCUAAGGCAGUCAGCGCUAGUCGUCUGGGGAAAAGGAUGAUGAAAAAAUCACCCAGUUGUGAUAUACUUUUAAAGAAAGAGAAAGUUGUGUGCGGGCAAUUCCUCUCCCAGAGGACAGUCCAGUGGAGAAAUGAAGCAGCGGAAGUAAACAUACAAGGGCAUAGGCUGAAUAUCAGGGAAAAAGAUAUGUUCAAUAGAACAUAGAUGAGUUACUGGAAGAAAGGCAUUUAGGGGGCCAAUGGAGAAAGUGAAUUGACAAAGCUCAGGAAUCCUACAGUGUGUAGAACGGCUUAGUAUUAUCAGAGUUCUGAGAAACCUGUAAAUAUGUAACUUAUUUAUCUCAACAUAAACUUUUAUGAUUUGCUGUGACGUAUCUUUUAUGAACUUAACAAAAACUCAUUAUUUGAGAUAGAGAAUCAAUGCUUAGCUGGUAUGCUCAGAGAAAUUAUUAGAUUGUCAAUACCCACCCCACCUAUCCUGUCUUUUAUAAAGUAUGUUCCUUUGAAGAAUUGUAGUUCUUAUUCUCACAAGUCAAAAUUAUAUGUAUAUAAUGUAUAGUAUAUGUAUAUACUAUAUAUAUACCUUUGAGUUCUUCUUAGUACCUAAACAUGUUCCCCCCGUAGGCUGUGUUUCCAUGGAGCUAUCAGUUUAGCCCUUUAAAUUGAAUUAGCUUGUCUUUUAUUGAAAUAGUUUCCAAGCAAUUUUAGAUAUUAUCAUAGCAUCUGAAUGUACUCAAACAUUUCGUGUUUGAAAGAUUUAUGUCUUGGAACUAUUCAAAACUACUGUAUUUUAUUGAUUAGAGAAAAUACUAGUGAAAUCAACAUGAUUUUCUUGAAUGGGCAUGAAUGAAAUGCCUGUACAAUAAGGUAGAAGCGUUGGAAACAGAUACUAAAAUGUAACUGACCUCCUAAGAGGUAGAUUAGUAACUCUGUUCUUGCUUUGUAUAGCUAAAGUGACAGUCAUUUAACUUAUGUGACUUUUUAUAUUCAUGUUUUGGAUCUCUGAUCCUAUGUCUUCACCUUGUUUGUAGAAUGGAUCCUUGAUUUUUGGUAAUAUCAACUUCUAAAUGGCCUAUUGAAUUAGUUCAAUUCUCCUUCCAUUAACCAGGAAAUGCCUAUUCUAUGAUCAAGGAGAGAAGAAAACCUUGCUGUCUUUCAUUUUGCCUGAGUGUAUUUUAAUGUUUGGGCUCUUGAAUAAAAAUUAUGAAAUAUGGUGAGGCUAUGCGUGGGUGCUGCCUUGCUGCAUAAAAUACCAGAGGGGCAGGUUAAAGACAACAUUUAUGCCUUUGGGAAAAUUCUCAGCUGAAUACGAGGUACCCUUAGCAUGCCCUGUGGGCUACGUUCAUGGCAAGAGAAAUGCACUGAUGUACAGGACUUCCCAUUCUGUGAAUCAUAAGAGGAUGAACCUGGACAUGUAUCCCACUGACCUCUGACUAAUGGUUUGGAAAAUAAGCUUAAUUAGAAUCACAUGGCCAUUACAAAGGGGAAAAUAUAGACUCUGACUUCUGUCCCAUUGAAGGAUUAAUGAAAACCUUUACCAGCAUUUGGAGCUUUUCAGAACAUGCCCAAUGUCAUGUCUCUCAGCAGUGGAGAUUAACAGUGAGGCUUUUGAUUUUCAGGAGCUUUUAAAAAAAAUGAUAUUGCCAAAAAUCAGACCUAAAGUGUUUUUAGUUGUAUUCCAAUCUCCUCCCCACUUCCUCCUUUAUCUAAAAAUACAAGCCAAACCCAGUCUUCAUAUGUACGUCCAGAAUGGGGCAUAAGUACCAACCUUUGCAGGGUGAUCAGCACUCUCUUGUAGUGUCUUGAGGUCUGGGCUUGGGAGAGUCAAGAAGUUGCUAACUGGGAAGAACUAGGCCGUGAGGGCUCAGUCUACUGAUUUGGGAAUAUUUGAAAAGAAACUUCUCAUCAUUGGAGGAGGGCUGCUGAGUAUCAUUAAGUGACUUGAGGAUGAACUCAAUAUUGGGCCACUUCCUAAUGCCUUAUGUUCUGGAUAGCACCAUAAGCAAGGUCUCAGACUUAAGAGACCCAGCUCUGUUCCAAGGGAACUCUAAACCAAUAGAAAGCAAACAUGUACAGAUAUCCAAACAAGACUACUCACACAAGUUGGGGCUUGCUGCCCAUCUUGGGCGGCAGCACCAGAGCUCCGGGGAGUUUAAUAUUUACUGGUGAGACUUUGAAGACCCUGGAGAUGUUUCAUGAAGUCACUCUUUUGGCUCAACACUCCCCCUUCCUCCUAAAAAGCAAAUAGGUAAACACAUCAGUGAAAGAAGCCCACAGAAGGGAGUGGGAAAUAAAUAAAAUGCUCUCAAGACUUCUCCAGACCAUGUCACUGGUUGGUACGGUUUUCAUGUGCGUUAGGAUUGGAGGACAAGAAGACAUAAGUAUCCAGUACUUUAUAACCAAAGCAAUGAAAAGAUAUUGGGUAGGGAAUGUUGGCCAGUUUUGUUUAGUUUUGCAUCACAUUACCAGACUCUAUCACUAGCCCAAGUAAUCGGGCCCCCGAAGAGGGAGAUUGGGAUGCGCAGAGGUUACCAAUGUGUAAAUGAUAACUACUGACGAAAGAGUCAUCGACUCAGUUAGUGGUUGGAUGUAGUCACAUUAGUUUGCCUCUGCCCAUCUUUGUCUCCUUAGCAAGGAGAAUGAUCGGGGUAUGAUGCUGUGAGUACUGGGUAAAUGUGGUGAGAAUGCAUGUGUGUAUAUCUCUGCUUCUCAGUUGCAGAAACAGAAGUUCUUUGGAGAUUAUCAGUAGAAAGAGUGUUACUAUAUUGGUGCUGAGUGGUACGUGUGCUUUUACAAUUUGUUCUUGUACUUUAAUAAACUUUGAAUAAAAGAGUAAAGUUA